AUGGUCUCCCAAAAAGAUCGCGAGAUCCUGCGCGCAGAAAUCCGCUCAAGAAACAACCAACUCAAUGCCACUGAUCGAGCGAAUCUGUUGAAGCCAUACCUGCCAGAUCCUGCCGAACUGUCGACGCCGCAACGAUCCCGAGCCUCGACCUCUGCAUCCCAGCGACGCCAGAAGGCUCGAAAGACGCCCAUCCGCUCUUUCAUCAAGUCUCAAAUCCACCACCUGACUUAUGCUAUCACACACAUCAUUUUCGGUAUCAUCGUACGAUUGCUACAGGCCUACCAUGCCGUUGUCGACCGUGUCUUUGCCGUCGUCUACCACCACCACCGCACGCCCGAGCUGAUCCGCAAAGAUGUUCGUGGCUUGAAACGACUGCCGCAGCAUCUGAGCGUCAUUCUGACACUGCGCACCGAAGAUGAUGCCCUGGCGGUGCUAAUGGACGAGGUGGCCGAAUUGACUGCCUGGAGUUCAUGCGCGGGAAUCCAACAGCUCAGCGUAUAUGAAAAGACAGGCGCCCUCAAAUCCUGCAUCCCAGCCUUGCAUCAAAUCGUCACCACCAAAUUGGCUUCCUACUACGGCACACCCUCUCAGCAGCCUUCUCUCCAACUCUUCGCCCCCCACCACCCCGUGCACGGCGACGCCCCUGACCCACACUCUGAGAACCCUGCUCUCGCACUUCUUCUUCUGUCCUCCACCGACGGUCGUGAGACACUUGUUGAUUUGACCAAGACCCUGGCGGAGAUGGCACAGAACGGCAAGCUGUCACCGGAGGAUAUUACGCCUGAACUGGUGGAUGCGGAGAUCAGCGAGAUCACUACUCAGCCCCUCCAAACCGACUUUGCCUCUGGUACUGCGAAGAUCCUCAAGCCUGAGCCGGAUCUCUUGUUGAUAUUCGGGUCUUUCUUGAAACUGGAUGGCUAUCCUCCAUGGCAGAUUCGUCUGACAGAGAUGUACUGCACUGGCGAUCGCAACCACGCUCUAACUACUGGGUAUGGAGAAGCCGUUGAGUACCAAGGAUUCAUGCGGGGCUUGUGGCAUUAUGCUGGGGCUCAGAUGCGCUUUGGUCGGUGA